GCUCCGCGGCCCGGGGCAGCGGCGGGGGCAGCGUCCGGACCGACAGACAGACGGACCGACAGACAGACCGACGGGCCGGCGCGGGUGUCUGCGGCCGCCAUGGAGGUGUGCGAGAGCGGCGGGGAGCAGCCGCCGCUGCUGCACUGGGACCGCAAGCUGAGCGAGCUGUGCGAGCCCGCGGACCCCGAGACGCUGCUGAGCCGCACGCACUUCACAGAGUUCCUGGAUGAAUUUUCACCUGAUGUCCUAGGCCAGCUGUUGAAUGAUCCCUUCUUGUCUGAGAAGAAUGAAAUCAUGGAGGUGGAACUGUCCCCAGCAUCGCCAGCACCCCUCAUCCAGGCUGAGCACAGCUAUUCCCUCUGUGGGGACUCCCGACCCCAGUCUCCCCUGACCCACAUCUCCACUGAUGACAACUUCAAUGAAGGUGACCUGGAAAAUGAGGAAUGGUGUCUGGCUACAGAGUUUACUCCAGCUGCAAUAAAGACAGAGCCAGGGCUGUGUGAGACAUCAGGCCUUGCUCCUUCAGUCAGUCUCACCGUCACGGCCACGUCGCUAGAGGGGGAACAGCCUGAGCUCCACACAGAUGCCCUGAUGAAACCACUGACCCAGAAAGUUCUUCCAGAGAUUAAAUUGGAGCCCCAUGAAGUGGAUCAGUUCCUGAACCUCUCUUCUAAGGAAGCAGUGGAUCCCCUGCACUUGCCUCCCACCCCUCCAAGCAGCCACGGCAGUGACUCUGAGGGAGGGCAGAGCCCGGCGCGGUCGCUCCCUCCCUCCAGCCCCGUGCAGCUCCAGGCCACGGCCAAGGUCGCGUCGCGCGCAGCCUCGAUGCUCUCCAACUCCCCUCUCCUGACUGCACCUCAUAAAUUACAGGGGACUGGCCCCCUCAUCCUGACAGAGGAAGAGAAGAGGACACUGAUAGCAGAGGGCUACCCAAUCCCUACCAAACUGCCCCUGACAAAAGCAGAGGAGAAAGUCCUAAAGAAAAUCCGCAGGAAAAUCAAAAACAAGAUCUCUGCCCAGGAAAGUAGAAGAAAAAAGAAAGAAUACAUGGACAGUCUGGAAAAAAAAGUUGAGACCUGCUCAAAUGAAAACAGUGAGCUGCGUAAGAAGGUUGAAGUCCUGGAGAACACUAACAGAACUCUUCUGCAGCAGCUGCAGAGACUCCAAGCCGUGGUUGCUGGCAAAGUGUCCCGCUCGUGUAAGGCAGCUAGCACACAGACAGGGACCUGUCUUAUGAUGGUGGUGCUGUGCUUUGCAGUAGUUUUUGGCAGCUUCUCUCAGAGCUAUGGGCCAUAUCCUUCUGCUACAAAGAUGGUGUUGCCCAGGCAGCAUUCCUCACCAGAGUCCUACACAGAUUCAAUUGUGAGGUCAAGGAGCCUCCUAAUUUAUGAAGAGCCUCAACAGCUGGAGGAGCCAUCCAGCGCGAUCUCCUUCGCAGAUCGCAGUGACAGACAAACAGACGCCUCCAAGUUGACAGCACUGUCCCUGGAGGCUGUGCCAGGGACACAGCAGGAUGAAAUCAUGCAAUUCACAAUAGCCAACGAGACCAGGCUAGAGAAAUCAGUGCUGCUGGGCCUGCAGCAGCACAGAGUCAACUCGGAGCUAGAAGGAAAUGAAACACUGAAGAUAAUUGAAAUAGACAGAAGAGUCAAUGCCACCUCUUAAAAAUAAAAAAGGCCUUUUUUCUUGACUUCCCUCCUUCCCACAUAUUUUCAACCAAAGUUCCCCUGACUUGUCAUCCUCAGUGAACCAAAGUACAAAAGAGAGGGAGUUCAACUUCUGCAUUGACUGAUGGGGCUGUGACUACAGAUGGGAUCUCUUGUCUCUGUAACUCCCUUCCUCACGUGGCACACAGUCCCUGUCUCUGCUUUUGUCCCUUUCCUGUCUAACACUGCAAGGGCAGCACUGAAUUAUGAUGGCAGAUGAUGCCAGCAGUGUGCCAGUGACUGUGUGUGCCUGUGCAUGCACACAGCCUGAUCUGAGCACAAAGACAUUCUGGAGAAGGGUGAAUUUGUGCAAAACCAAUGGGAGCAUGUGGGUGAUGGUUUUCUUGGGAGAAGGUAAUGGAGAGAGAGAGGAGAUGCAGCAUGAUGGUGCUUAGAGUCUCACCACAGCUCUGUGCCUGCUGGUCUGCAGCACUGGAGCCUUUUGGGGGGAUAGAGAAGCAAUGUGCAGCCUGCUGCUGAGGGGACAAGAAAGGGCCCUGACACUGCUGAGCUCACAGCACAGGCAGGAGAGGGCUGGUCCAUGAUGCUGCUGGAUUGUCCUCCCCAUGCUCUUUCUCUUCUCCCCUCCAGACUCUUCAUCACUUAACAGUGUAGGCUUCUCUGUGCAUUGAAUGCAAUCCUGGUGGGCUUCCCUGCUUCCACCCUUGAGAAAUUAAGCAAAGAUCAGUCACUGUCCUACCACACACUGUGUGGGAGAAUUACGCUAGUUUAACUAAAUCUGUUUAGAAAGCAGGUUUUGUUACAUUUAUGCAAUAGUUUAGAUGGAUGCCCUUUAGUCUGCUUAAGGCUAAUAUAUUUAGCUUAAGUCAGUUCCUUCCCAACAAACUAAAUCAAUGUAAGGCUUAAACCACAAGUGCCUCCUUAGAGGAGUGUAUGGAUUUAAUUUAUUGGCUUCUAGCUGGUUGAUGAAAAUUCUUGUGUAGACCCAGUCUCAGAUUGUCUUGUGUUUUCCUUUCCUUGCCAUCUUCCUGUUACUGUUGUAAAUAGUAUUUAUUAGCUUUGAAACAUUCUGUUCAGGUAGCUGCAAUGAAGAGAACUGAGCUUUCCUAACCCUGCAAGUGAUCUGGGCAAACCCUGAAAUUGGACAGAUGAACAUCACUGAAUGCCCAUUUCCUCCCCUUAAGCUUGAAUUGCCCGAAAAUAAAGCCAGGUGUCUUGUUUUCCUCUUACCUGCUUUUCCAGAGGUGUGGUCUGAGACCACCUGCUUUGGGUACAGAUAGGCCAGCUCAUGCCUAGGGUGGUGGAUCCUGUGUUAGGUGUUUGCCUCUGAUCUGAGGAGCUGAUUACAUGGGCAGGAGACGUGUCAAAAGAGGAAUGAGAUGAGCACGUGAGGGGGUGAAGUGACUGUCCCAGGCUCAGGAGAAAGCCAAGAGCAGCAUUCAGGUCUGAUUCUGGUCCAGUCCUCUUCUCCAUGCUCUGUUCCUUCUUGUCCUAUGGUGUACUUCAUGUGCCCUCUCUGUCUCUCUCUCAGUACCCUGGUCAUGCCUUUGCCUGAGCUGUGCUCCUUGCAGUUUGUGUUUGCAGAGGCAUAGUUGAACUCAGUCCAGAAUUUGAGCAGGGUUUUAUCUGGUUCCUACAGAACGGCACUCAUGCUCCAUUGAGGAUGGAUCUAAUGUGAAAAUCCCUAAUUCAGCAGGCUAGCAGAGCUGCUUAACAGUUUACCAGAAGAAGUCAAUUAAAAAAAAAAAAGUAAUUUGAAGCUCUUUUUUCUUUUAUUUUUUUUUCCUAAUGAUAAAUAAGGGAAAAACUAACCUAGCCUUACAAAUAAUUUUUUACUAUGUACAGUAGAUAUUUCUUGCAACUAUUCUAUUUUGUAAAAUAUUGAAUUUGUAUUUUAUUACAGCAGUUGUCGCACCAGCUC